CACGCCCUUUAACAAAAACUCACCACAAUCAUGAAAUAUCAUCAACAACAUGUUUUGCAUUUCCUGACUAAAUUUCAGCUGGAUCUGAUCAUCCUGCUAGGAGUAGAACAUGGAAGUAUAAAAAAUUACAUUUCCUUUCACCACUAGGUGGCGCUCUCACUAUUACUGAAUAUUAUCACAUAGACAUGUUCAGGGCAGGACUCUUAUCAAACAUGUAAAGUUUUAUUGAGAUCGGAUCAUGUACGCAGUUAAGUUAUGACAAAUCCUUCUUUCAUGGCAAAGGAUCGAAAUUGGAUGCCACGCCACGGUCACACUUUUUGACAGUAUGCCGUAAAUAGAACAACUUUUAAUCGUGAAUGUCUUUAGAUGGCUGUGUCUAAAUCUGAAGUUGAUCUGAUAAAUUCCCCAGGAGGAGUUUGUUCAAAUACAACGUGUGCAAAUCAGCAAAAAUGACCAUGAAAUCCAAAACGGCCGACUUCCUGUUUAGCGUCCAAGAGGCUUUUCUGCUUGUCCCAUCAUGAUACACAUGCAUACCAAUUUUCUUAUAUGUCGGUCAUACGUGUCUGGGGGGCAGGGCUUAACCAUUUGGCGGUGCCUGUGCAUGGGUACAAUUGCAUAUGUGAAUUUCCUUUUUUUUGCAAAUUUCCCUGACUUUUCAAGCAUGUUGUGGCUGUUAAAUAUGCAGCCGAAGUGGCAGAAAAAUAAUAAUUCCUUCUAUUACAAAAGAAUAUAAUAUAGUAUAUAAACUAAUAAUAAUAAUACAUUAAAGUUUCGAUAUGAUCAUUAUGACUAUUAACAUCAUCUCUGAGGUUGUGGACCUGAGCCAUGACGUCCGUAAGAUCAAGGCUUUGACCGGUGAUCACGGAGAACACUUUAACCGGAUUGUGACGGAGGUAGAGCUGCUGGGGCAGGACUGUGAGCUGUGCAGGAAGGUCGAGGAUGAGGUCCAGAGACUGAAGAAUCACUCCCAGGAUGCACUAGGACGCAUGCAGAGUCUCAUCAACAGACUUCAGAUCAGACUGGACUCAGGAAGAGAAGGCUGCUUCCAGAUGUGUUCACACCUGGAGAACGAAAUCCGCCUGCUGCAAGACGAAGUCAUGAAGUGCACUGGCCAAUGUAAGAGCAGCCCGGACAUGCCCACAGGUGGUGGUUCUGGUAGCACCAGUGGCACUGGUGGUACCAGUGGACGUGGACCUGGGUUGGAUGCCGAGAAGCCUUUAGAUGGCCACAGUGUGAUCGGAGGCUCCAUCAAUAACAAUCAGCUGAAGACGAUGCAGGGCGAACUGUCGGAGGUCAUCCUCACCUUCAGCUCCAUCAACGACACCCUGAAGGGGCUCGAACACACGGUGCAGAAACAUGGAAGUGUCAUUACAGACCUUGGAAACACCAAAGAUAAGAUCAUCUCUGAGCUGGACAAAAUCCAGCAGGAGGUAACGGAGCACAUCGAGGACAGCCGCGACCGUCUGGAUGGGAUGGACCGGGAUGUCCGGCGGUUUGAGAGCAUGCUGCUGGUGGAGGUGGGAGACUGUAGGAAGUCUGGAGACGGGCUGGAGAAGAGGCUGUCAAAGCUGGAGGGAGUCUGUGGAAGGCUGGACGGUGUCUCCAAUUCCAUCCUCAAGAUCAAGGAAGGACUGAACCGACACGUGUCAAGUUUGUGGACAUGUGUUUCUGGUCUGAAUGACUCGGUCAUCCAUCACGGAGGAAUCAUGGACUUUAUUCAGAAGAACCAGGAUGAUGUCUACAGCAGGAUGAAGAACCUGAACUCGAGUCUGAACCAGGUCCUUAAAGACCUCCAGAGUUUCUCUGAGCCCAACCUGACUGGCCCCAUGCUGCUCAACAGAGGCCUGCCUGGACCGCCAGGACCCCCAGGAGAAAGGGGGCAGCAAGGUCUCAGAGGACCUCUUGGCCCUCCUGGACGACAAGGUGAAAGUGGUUUACGAGGUCUGCCCGGUCCCAAAGGUGAACCAGGUCUGCCUGGUGUUGAUGCUCAUGUACCCAGACUGUCAUUCUCUGCUGCUCUCACUGUUCCCAUGGAGAGAGCUGGAACCAUCAUCUUUGACAAGAUCUUUGUCAAUGAAGGAGACUUCUAUGACCCAAGAACAGGUAAAUAUGAGGGUUAGUGACUGAACACCGAA